AGCACUCAAGAGUCACAACUGUGGGACUGUGUCACGCAUGAGAUUUCUGCAGGAGAUGAUAGAAAACGAGAUCAGAUCUGAAAUGUCUGGGAUUUUAAGGACAGAGCACAGUUCUCAACACCCAGCACAGGAAUACAGGCCCGGCCUGGUCAGCCCUGACCCCACCCAGCUGAGCGAGGAUGACCUCCCGAGUGAUCUCCAGUCGCUGUCCUGGCUGACCUCUGUGGACGUGCCUCGCUUGCAACAGAUGGCCACCGGCCGCAUGAACUUUAACCUGGGAUCGCAAAACGCCACACUCACCGCUCAAACAGGGCUGGUGCUGAACAUGUCUAACAUGUCUCCGGCCGCCGUGCAGGGAGCCAUGAUCCACGUCCAGGCGUCCAUGCAGCACGGCCUCCUGGGAAUGAACAGCGUGGCACAGAAUAUUUCCCAGUACUCGGUGACGGGGCAGCACCACACUGGGUUUCAGACACAACCAUCCCUCUACCAAGCUCACUCUCAACAGCUGUACAGCCUACCUCCAUCCAGCCAGCAGUGUUCUCCUGGCAACAUCUACAGCCCGUCCUACAGCACUCAGUCUCAGUACUCCCAGCCCCGGCUCGCUCCUCACAGCACCCAGGACCUCCAGCCCAAGACCUACCCUAAACCCAUCUACUCCUACAGCUGUCUGAUCGCCAUGGCUCUAAAGAACAGUAAGACCGGGAGCCUUCCCGUCAGUGAGAUCUACAGCUUCAUGAAGGAACAUUUCCCCUACUUUAAGACGGCCCCGGAUGGCUGGAAGAACUCGGUUCGGCACAACCUGUCCCUCAACAAGUGCUUCGAGAAGGUGGAGAACAAGCUGAGCGGCUCCUCCCGCAAGGGCUGCCUCUGGGCCCUCAACCCGGCCAAGAUCGAGAAGAUGGAGGAGGAGAUGCAGAAGUGGAAGCGCAAGGACCUGCCCGCCAUUCGGAGGAGCAUGGCCAACCCAGAUGAACUGGACAAACUGAUCUCCGACCGACCGGAAAACUGCCGCAGGGCGCCCAAGCGUUCCGAGCGGUUGGGGCAGACUGGGGGACAAGUGAGGGGCACGCAGGGGGGUCUGUCGGGAUCCCACCUCCCUCACCAGGCAGUGGCUACGCUCUCCCUGCACUCCUUGCCCCUGCACCAUCACCACCAUCACCUCCAGCAGCAGAGAGAGUCUCGCGUGUCCCCUGGUUCCCCAGCGCCAGCCCAGACACCCCCACUCCACACCGUGCCGGACAUCACCUGCAGCCCCCUAUCCCAGCAUGGAGCCAGCGGCCCCCACUCCGAGCUCUUCUGCCUGACCACAGACACCAGCACUGACGUAGACACCCUCGACCCCACCAUCAUGGACUUUGCCUUGCACGGAAACCUCUGGGAAGAGAUAAAAGAUGAGAGCUUCAACCUGGAAACGUUGGGCGCCUUCAGCACGUCGCCUCUCCACCUCUCGGAGUCCCCGCUGGGCACCGUGGGCCUUACCCCCAUCUCGAGCAGCAGUGAGCACUGCUUCCCCGAUCUGCAGGUGACCGGUCUCUACACGACCUACGCCAGUCUGGAGAAUGUACCCGCCCAGUACCUUAACACCAAGGGCAACAAGCCUAUCGCUUUGCAAUAGAUAGACUCUCCAACCACAACCAAGGCAGGGACUUCCCGAAAAGGCAAUGCUGUGGACUUCAAAGAUGCACUUAAACAUCGCCGCUCCCCCCCAAAAAAAAAAUUCCAACAUAGACGUUCCCGUUUCCAGUGUCCUGUCAACUCCAACAUGGGGCAUGUCACACGCCUGUGUUUUUCAAAGGGUUUGGAUGUUUUGUUGCUUCUAAACGUCCUCAGCUUUUCCGCUACAUGACUUGUUAAGUUUCUUUUUUUUUUUGGGGGGGGGUGGGGGGCAGGGGGAAUGAAAAGAAGCAAUAACUGAAGGAGAACGAACCUUAUUGGAAAUGAGACGAGGGCGUAAAGACAAGACAGGAGCUGGGAUCUGUGUCUGGACUCUUCGAAAUGGAAACAAACCUCAACCAUUUUAGUUUGUUGGGGAAAAAAAAUCAUGGAAGGUUUGAAAAAUAAGCUAUAAA